AUGAGUGAUACAGAAGAUUUAUUUGGGGAUGAAGAGGAAAGAAAGAUUUUAGAAGGUACAUUUGUAGAGAAGGUUCCAUCAUCAUUACCAAAUAAAUCAAAGGAGGAAGAAGAGGAGGAAGAUGAAGAUUUAUUUGGUGAAAAAGAGCAAGAAAAUGGUGAAGAUAAAAAAGAAGAUGGUAGCGAUAACGAAAAUAACAAAAAUAAAGAAGAAGAUGAAGAUGAAGAUUUAUUUGGUGAAGAUGAGGAAAAAGAACAAGAUAAUGAAGAGGGCAGCGAUUAUGAAAGAUUAAAGAAAAAGAAAUCAAAAAAGCAUAAAAAGAAACAUAGCCGUCACAGCGACGAAGAGGAUGGCGAUGGUGAUGGCGAUGAUAUGUCAACUGAAAAGGCCGAAAUGAACGCAGGUGAACAGUUUUUUGGUGGUGAAUCAGAUGAAGAAGAAGAAGAGGAGUUAAUUCGUGAUCCAAUUGAAUUAAUUCAUAUUGAAACACCAAAAGUUAGACCGGUCGAAAAGGUUAUGAAAAUUAAAUUAUCAAAUAUUUUAGGAAUUCAACCAAAACCAUUCGAUCCAUUAACAUUUGAAGAAGAUGAGUUAAAUAGUGAACAAAAAAAUAAAAACUUUAAUAAUAUUGAAUCAGUUAUAAGAUGGAGAUGGGGAUUGGAUUCAAAUGGUAGACCAGCAAAAGAAAGUAAUACACGUUUUGUUACAUGGCCAGAUGGAUCAGCUCAUUUAUUUAUUGGUAAUGAAGUAUUGGAAAUCAAAGAGCAAGAUUUAAGAAAUGAACAAUUUUAUGUAUAUAGUUCUCAAGAGGGAUUUAUUGAAUGUGAGAGUAAAAUCGACUCAAGAAUCAAUAUUAGACCAGCCAACAUUAGAAGUAAAGUUCAUCAACGUCUUUCAGAAAGCGUUGCUAAGAAAUCCCUGAAAGUCAGUAGAAUUAAAUCUAUUCAAACUACAUUGGAUCCAGAAAAAGAAAAAGAACAAAGAGAAAAAGAACUUUUGGAGACCAUUAGAGAAAAUAAAAAGAAACAAGAAGAAGAAAAUAAACCAAGAAAGAAUAAAGCCCUUACCAGCGAUUAUCUCGAAGACGAUGAAUACGAUGGUUAUCGUAAUGAAAAAGGUGAUGACUUUAUCGUGGAUGAUGAAGAAGGUGAAAUGUCUGAAGAUGGCGAUUAUAAACCCUCUGAAGAUGAAGAAUCUGGCAGUGACGAAGCUGGCAGUGAUGAGGACGAAUACCAAGAUGAAAGCGAUAGCAGUGAUCGUCAUCGUUCCUCAAAGAGUAAAAAAGACCAAAAAAGAAAAGAUAGAGAUAAUAAAAAAGGUAGUAAAGGUUCAUCGAGUAGCAGCAGAGCUCAACAAGAAAUUUUUGGUGAAGAUGAAGACGAUGAAGAGUUUAUAAGUGUUUCUAAAAAAGUAAAAAGAAAGGUUUUAGAUGAUGAUGACGAAUAG